AUGGCACAGGUAUCUGGUACCUAUACAGUAGAGCAAGGUAUGGCUCUUGCACGGGCUUCCCGCCUCGUACGCAAUGAGCACUUGCUCUUAGCUGCACGCCAAAUUACUCAAAAACUUACGGCUAGUAAUAUUCCUUAUGCGUUGAUGGGUGGUUUCUCUCUGUCGCUUCGCGGAAGUCGGCGUGAUACAUUCGAUGUUGAUAUUGCGGCCGGAUGCAAUAUGUUACAACUCAUACAGGCAGUAUCAAAUAAUGAACGUAUUCUCCGGCCCCUAGGCCCUAUGUCGGGGGUUUUGAGGCUGUUUGUGCAAGUGGAGUCGGGAAAUGAGCCCGAAAUUCAUGUCAUGGUUGACUUGAUUCUUCAAGGCUCACUUGGCGCACCAAGCGACCUCAGGACAUCAUCCGAGGCGAUCAGCAUAAAUACGGAAACGGGGCCGCAGACAUUUGCUGUCCUAAACAUUAAAUCUAUUGCAGAGAGCAAGCUAGGGGCAUUCUUUGCUCGAGGUUCCUCAAACGAUUUUACAGAUAUCCAAUUUCUCAUUCUUACUUUCCCAGAGAAGGUUUAUGAAAUACGCGCGGGACUGGAUCAGACGCACCGGCAGCAUUUUGCCAACAUAUUUGCUCAGAAACGUACAGACCCGUCCGGGCGAAAUCUACUCAAACGCGUGAAACAAGUACUCGGAGUAGUGUAA